CGGCGGCGCCCGGGCCGCUUCCCCAUUCUCCCCAUUCGGGCGCGAGAGCCAUGGAGGCGCUGAGGGAGUCCGUGCUGCACUUGGCCUUGCAGAUGUCGACCUACAAGCGGGCCACGCUGGACGAGGAGGACCUGGUGGACUCGCUCUCGGAGGGCGACGUGUACCCCAACGGCCUGCAGGUGAACUUCCGCAGCCCCCGGAGUGGCCAGAAGUGGUGGGCUGCGAGGACCCAGGUGGAGAAGCGGCUGGCGUUGCUGGUGGCACUUCUGGCGGCAGGACUGGUAGCCUGCUUGGCAGUGCUGGGCGUCCAGUACCAAACAAGAACCCCCCCGGUAUGCCUAAGUGAGGCCUGCAUCUCAGUGACCAGCUCCAUCUUGAGUUCCAUGGACCCCACAGUGGACCCCUGCCAGGACUUCUUCACUUACGCCUGUGGCGGCUGGAUCAAAGCCAACCCCGUGCCUGACGGCCACUCACGCUGGGGGACCUUCAGCAACCUCUGGGAGCACAACCAGGCCAUCAUCAAGCACCUUCUCGAGAACUCCACGGCUAGUGUGAGUGAGGCAGAAAGGAAGGCCCAAGUGUACUACCGGGCAUGUAUGAAUGAAACCAGAAUCGAGGAGCUCAAGGCCAGGCCCCUGAUGGAGCUGAUUGAGAAGCUCGGGGGCUGGAACAUCACAGGUCCCUGGGACAAGGACAACUUCCAGGACACCCUGCAGGUGGUCACCUCCCACUACCGCACCUCGCCCUUCUUCUCCGUCUACGUCAGCGCCGACUCCAAGAAUUCCAACAGCAACGUGAUCCAGGUGGACCAGUCUGGCCUGGGCUUACCGUCAAGGGACUAUUACCUGAACAAAACCGAAAAUGAGAAGGUGCUGACAGGAUACCUGAACUACAUGGUCCAGCUGGGGAAGCUGCUGGGCGGAGGGGACGAGGACAACAUCCGGCCCCAGAUGCAACAGAUCCUGGACUUUGAGACAGCGCUGGCCAACAUCACCAUCCCCCAGGAGAAGCGCCGGGAUGAGGAGCUCAUCUACCACAAAGUGACGGCGGCCGAGCUGCAGGCCUUGGCGCCCGCCAUCAACUGGCUGCCCUUCCUCAACACCAUCUUCUACCCCGUGGAGAUCAAUGAAUCUGAGCCUAUUGUCAUCUAUGACAAGGAGUACCUUGGGCAGGUCUCCGCCCUCAUCAACACCACCGACAAGUGCCUGCUGAACAACUACAUGAUCUGGAACCUGGUGCGCAAGACAAGUUCCUUCCUCGAUCAGCGCUUUCAGGACGCCGAUGAGAAGUUCAUGGAAGUCAUGUACGGGACCAAGAAGACCUGUCUUCCUCGCUGGAAGUUUUGUGUGAGCGACACGGAAAACAACCUGGGCUUUGCCCUGGGCCCCAUGUUUGUCAAAGCGACCUUCGCCGAGGACAGCAAGAACAUAGCCAGUGAGAUAAUCCUGGAGAUCAAGAAGGCGUUUGAGGAGAGCCUGAGCACCCUGAAGUGGAUGGAUGAAGACACACGGAACUCAGCCAAGGAAAAGGCGGAUGCAAUCUACAACAUGAUAGGCUACCCGAACUUUAUCAUGGACCCCAAGGAGCUGGACAAAGUGUUCAGCGACUACACUGCAGUUCCAGACCUCUACUUCGAGAACGCCAUGCGGUUUUUCAACUUCUCGUGGAGGGUCACUGCUGACCAGCUCCGGAAAGCUCCCAACAGAGACCAGUGGAGCAUGACCCCGCCCAUGGUGAACGCUUACUACUCGCCCACCAAGAACGAGAUUGUGUUUCCGGCCGGGAUCCUGCAGGCCCCGUUCUACACCCGCUCCUCACCCAAGGCUCUAAACUUUGGUGGCAUCGGCGUCGUCGUGGGCCAUGAGCUGACUCAUGCUUUUGACGAUCAAGGACGGGAGUAUGACAAGGACGGGAACCUUCGGCCCUGGUGGAAGAACUCUUCUGUGGAGGCUUUCAAGCAGCAGACGGAGUGCAUGGUGGAGCAAUACGGCAACUACAGCGUGAACGGAGAGCCGGUGAACGGCCGGCACACCCUCGGGGAGAACAUCGCUGACAACGGGGGCCUCAAGGCGGCCUAUCGGGCCUACCAGAACUGGGUGAAGAAAAACGGGGCUGAGCAGACGUUGCCCACCCUGGGUCUCACCAAUAACCAGCUCUUCUUCCUGGGGUUUGCACAGGUCUGGUGCUCCGUCCGCACUCCUGAGAGCUCCCACGAAGGCCUCAUCACCGAUCCCCACAGCCCCUCCCGCUUCCGGGUCAUUGGCUCUGUCUCCAACUCCAAGGAGUUCUCAGAACACUUCCAGUGCCCACCUGGCUCCCCCAUGAACCCUCAUCACAAGUGUGAAGUCUGGUGAGGAGCAGAGCACCAAGAGCCAAGACAGAGGAGGGGGUCGCUGAGGACAAGCCCCCCAGGGGGGGCCAACAAGGCUGCACCCUCCAUCCAGCGUCCAGGGCGUUGCCCAGCCCCCUUGGCCGCCUAGGGCCCCCUUCCCGGCACUGGAGGAUUUUCAGCUGGAACCGAGCCUGUGAUGUGGGUUCUCAACAUAAUCCGAGGUUUCAUCCCGUGAAGACCCUGUCACCCCAGGCACAUGUGCAUCAGCUCUAUCGGGCAUUUGGGUGUCAGGCUGGUUGCUCACCAGGCCUGGGCCCCCCACCAACAAGGGCAGUGGGACACAGGCCCCGCACACAUCCAGCGCCAGAUACACCACAA